AUGGUUGACGUGGGGUCAGGCUUGGAGAGCCUGGAUGUUGGCUCCCUCCACGCACAGCAGCAAGAGAAGCUCCUGGAAUUCAAGAUAAACACCAGGAUCGCAAAUGAAAAAUACCUACGUUCCCACAAGGAAGUGCAGCUACUUCUAUCAGGAUUUCUCAGAGAAGUCCUGAUGCAAAGACCAGAAAAUAUACGAGAGUUUGCUGCAGACUAUUUUACCAAUCCAGAACUCCCCAAGAAGAUUCAGCAUCAGAUGAUGGAGGAAAGGAACAAGGCCCUGUAAUGGAGUCACCUUGCCGCUG